ACGCCGGCCGGUGCGAUUUGGCCGGAUUGACAUGCGGAUCGUGAAUGUGUUUAUGUCCAGUCGGGGGUGCUUUGGAUGUGGGCUGGUGUUUGUUGUUGGCAGGCUGGGUGUGUGGGUUUUAGGCUUCUGUUUUUCGAUCUGUCUAGGUUGGCAGUGGGGUGUUUUGCUCUUGUCCUUUUCUGGCAGGUCUGGUUUUCUUAUACGGGCCGCUGCUCUUGGGGGUUCUGAGGGAUUCGCUGGUGAGUGCAGCAGCGGUAUCCGUAGUAGGCAGGCUUUGCCCUGUCUGCUAUUUCGCUUCGGUUAUGUGGCGUGUAAGGGUGGGACCGUCAAGAGUGGAUGUUGUUACAGGGAGAGAGGACGUUGGCACUUGGCAGUUGCUUGCUAGGCUGUGGGGGACGACAAGGUUUAGCCGUCGGAGAUGGUGGCCAUCCGGCCUAAAAAGUCUGGGUUUGGGAUUUAGAGAGGAAAGGGUAUUUUUGUUUUUACAAUCCCUAUUAAUGUCAGUCAACAGAUUUCAUUAACAGAUAUUAAC